UCGCUCUCCUCUGGUGAACAGGUGCUGGGGGAUGAAGGCUGGCGGAUAAAGGCUGUGCUGGCGGAACCAGCCCGUCCCAGGCGCCUCGGAGGCCGCGCAGCCCCCGGCGCUCCCCGCUCCCAUCCCCGCCCGCCUCCCGCAGCCGGAGCGGCCGCUCCCCUGCGCCGUGCGGGCUCUGCUGCCGCUAUUUAAAUGCAGCUCCAGUCGCUGGCUGAGCGAGGGCUGUGUCGCUUUAAGGCACAUGUGAUACUCUCCCGAGCGGGGAUGUGUUGAAAUAGGCUCGGGCAGGUCCGGGAGCCGCCGCCUUGUGCCGCCCGUGCGGAGCCGCGGCCGCGCUGCCCUCAGCCGCCGGCUGCUGCUCGGCCUCGCGUGUCCUGCGAGCCGCUCCUCGCCGCCAGACCCCUCCGAAGGGCUCCUCCAGCACAAGGGGAUGCUCGGCAAUGAUCUAAAGGUGAAAAUGAGAAGGUUUCCACCCCUCAAACCUUGGCCACUUUUCUGACGGCAGUCUGAGAGCUCAGAUGUCUUCUUUACUCUGGAAACAGGAUUUGUAACGAAAAAGAGAUUUUUUUGCUUCUUUUUUUUUUCUACUUUUAAUCCUGAUAAAGAAGAUUAUUGGGAAGCUAUAAAAGAAAUCUCUUAUUGUGGUACAGAUGGAUUUAAAAAAGUAUUAGAUCUUUCCGAUGAACACUACUAGAGUGCUCUGCUCUUGGUUGGAUUACUCAGAGAAUGGCAGUGGUCUCUGCAAUGUCCUGGGUCCUGUAUUUGUGGAUAAGUGCCUGUGCAAUGCUGCUCUGUCAGGGGUCCCUCCAUCACACUUUCCAGCAGCAUCACCUGCACAGACCAGAAGGAGGAACGUGUGAAGUUAUAGCAGCACACAGAUGCUGUAAUAAGAAUCGAAUUGAGGAAAGAUCACAAACAGUAAAAUGCUCCUGUCUACCUGGGAAAGUGGCUGGGACUACAAGAAACAGACCUUCCUGUGUUGAUGCUUCUAUAGUGAUUGGGAAGUGGUGGUGUGAGAUGGAGCCCUGCCUAGAAGGAGAGGAAUGUAAGACAUUGCCUGAUAAUUCUGGAUGGAUGUGUGCAACUGGCAAUAAAAUCAAGACCACCAGAAUCCACCCAAGGACUUAACAGAGCGCCCACGUCUGCACGGAGACAGUGAAAGCCCUGCUGAUUUAUGAGGACAAAGUAUUGAAAGUUUAAAACCAUCUCAGCAUUUCCAAGCCAAAUGGAUUUCUUAUUUGCACUUUGACUGUUUACCAGACAACAACAGUGGCUUUACUGUGUGAAAGAAAGGAUUCGGUGGAAAUAAUGGCCCUGAUUUUUGACAGCUGAAAAUAAAAAAUGAAGAAAGUGGUUCCUUUGCUAAAGUUUCUGAGAUUGCAAAGUACAAGCAACAGUAUAAGUUUGGAUCUACAAUUUACUUUAUACCAGUUAAAGUAUAUAUAUAUAUAGAAAUAUAUAUAUAUUAAUAUAUGAUAUUUUGAAAUAAAAGCCUCACUCUUCAAGAAAUUGAAUAGUACCACACUUUGCUGCAGCUGCUGUAUUUUUUUUUUCUUUUUUUGCAAUGGUCUGGAAGUUCCCUACCUGUUUGAGAGAGAAAUGUGGCAGUGAAGAGGCAAAGCAAACCUGCUGUGGUACAAGGACGCCUAAGAGCUACACGAAUCCUACCGAUGCAGCAUCCAGAGCUUCCUGUUCCCUUCGGCAGAAUUUUGAGGGCAUUUGUUGUUCCACUUUGUGUUCUGGAGGCUUUUCCCCUUGUGCAAUACUAGCAUGCUGGCUUUGCUUCAUUAACCAUACUUGAUUGAUAUAUAACGAUGAUAAUUCUAUCCUCCUCCAGGAAAAUAUUUUUAGAGCUGUUAGAUAUUCCAUGAAGAAGAGAUGGACAACUACUGAGUGAAGUACAGUAUGUAUUAAAAGUUUAUUUGGCAGAGUUUGGUAGACUGUGAGCUCCCUUCUUAUUAAAGAUGUACUGUACAUACAAUGUCUUCAGACUUUGUAUAGCUCCUAGAGACUCCAGUAAAAACCCAGUAACCACCUCCAAAGCUUUGCAUUGUUGGCUCACUAAUUCUUUGAAACAACAACAAAGCUAUUUCCUUCCAGACUGGCACAUGAGGGGAGUUUCUCAUAUGGUUUGGUGUUUCAGGAGCCCAUUUGCAGUUGGUGAACAGGCACCUCAGCUUAAGCAUGCCUCUGUGGACACCUGGCUGUGUGCUCUUACCCCACAGCACACAUGGGAGAACUGCCUCAAUUUAGGUUUCCUUCAUUGCCAGGCUAAUUCUCAUUGAGAGCAUUUGCCACCAGCUAAAAGCAUACACAAAAGCAAUUCCAUGGCAUAGCAAAUGCCCAGCAGUUUGUGGCAAGCACAAACUUGUGGCUGAUCUCUUCACUUUCAGAAUAGUUUCCUUCAGUUUAUUUUCAAUCUGUUUCUUGCUAUGGUGAAUUCAGCUAAUCUGAGAUGCUCCUCAGCAAGGAUGUGUCCACAGAGACCUUGACCCAGUCACUGCUGAGCUCCCAUUGCUGGCUGAGCUGUAGCUGUUCACCAGGCAGUCUGGCCCUGGCAUUGCUGAGGAAAGAUCAAAUGUGAGGGCUGAAAUGUGCGAGCCUAGUUCACAUUCCCAGGCACUUAUGUGAGCAAUCCAAUUAAUUUCAGGGGGUUUAUUGGUGUGGAAAAGUGUCUUGCUGUCACGCAUAAGUCUGCACAAUCUACCCUUCAGUCUGCCUAAUGCUACCAAAUGAAGGAGGAAUAGGGAAUUGUAAAACUAGUUCUGUUCAGUCCAGCUUCAUCCUUUUAAUAUUUCCAAUUUCCUUUCAGCCUGCUUACCUGUCUCUCACAGGAUGCCUUUGGCCAUGCUGAUCACUUUUAAUCCAAUGCAGAGGAAGUGCUGCACUUCCCAUCCUAGAUUUGGUUGAAAUUCUCCCACUGAGUCUCUUUCUCCUUCAGGGUAACCACUUCAAUCCUGAUGCUUCAAGAGGCAGAAAUUGUCACUGUAAUUACAGUGCAGAUUAAAGCAGCUACAUGACGUGUCACGCCAUAUUCCAUGCUGGCUUUCCAUGCUGAUCUUUUCCCAGUGCUCACAGUGGAAAUGGAUGAGCUGUUUCCAAGUACUUCUAUUAUCCCUCUUCAAAAAUAUGAGUGAAGAGUACCCAGGGAAGAAACAGAUGACCCAGAAAGUGGUAGACUCUCUGUCCAUGGAAUAUUCAGGAAAAGGCCUCAGUGUGGCACUUGGGGACAUGGUUUAGUGGUGAAGAUGGCAGUGGGAGGUUAACAGUUGGACUUGAUGAGUUUAGAGGUCAUUUCCAGCAUUAAGAAUUCUGGUUCUGUGCACAGAAAGGAGCGUGAGCCUCACCAUCACUUGUGAGUGAUGGUGAUCCUUGCACAUGGAGAUCACCCUCCCUGGUGGCUCAGCUGGACAGGCUGGGUAUUUUCUGGGAACAGCCACCUGCCCAAACCACAGAAGAUACCUGGAUCCUACUUGUAUUUUAGAUGUAGUCUGCCAUGGCCAUGUGUCCAGUACCGUCAUCUCAGUUCAGAGGGGAACACUGCCUGCCUGCCUGCUUACCCCCAAAUGGAUUAUAAGGUCAGCUGCCACUAGUAAAGAGAAACUCCUCCAAAAUAAACCCCUAGCAUUUCUGAAUUUUACUCAAACAGCACCUUAUAAACCCCAAGACCUCCUCCAGCACCCCUUGGUGCACUAAUAGAUAGACCAUCAGGUAAGUCCAUUCAAAGCCAGGACAUGUUAUAAGCCUUUUAACAUCUGGAACUGAGGCACACAAAGCUAAACAGCCUCCCAAAAUCACAUGGGGAGCUAUGGAAAAUCCAGCAGAAAUUGAACUUUGGUUUCCUUAUUCCCAGCUGAGUGAUGCUCCAUUACAGGAGCCCCACAAACAAACCCAUGUGUGGUCCCUGGUACCCUUUGCCAAAGCCCCAGGUAUCCCCACUGGGAGGUUUUUACCCCACAGCAGAGCUGCUGCCGUGGCUCAUCCUGUGAGCAGAUAACGCUGCUGUGCUGUGCCUAUGAAAUAUGCCUGUUGAGACUGGGAAAUAUUAGACUUGCUAAAAUGUCAGAAGGAAAUGUUGUCAUUACCACAGGAAAGUUUCUUUGAGAUGUUUAUGAAUUUUUCUUUGCCAGUAGGCAGCCUCCAAUGCCACCCCACCAAAUUCAGUAAACAUCUGCGUCUCUUUGAAGUUGCCGCAAAAAGCCGCUCGUGAAGCGCGGCAUCGAGAAAUUGCUGUUUUAAUUAAAAUGUUUUAGAGGGCAAUUAAGGCCUUUGCAAAAAUAAUGACUGAUAGAACAUGAAGUCCAAUUAAGAGUCAGAUGCAACUAACCUUCGUUGUUUCAGGGAACCAAGUUGAAAACAAUAAUAAAAAAGAAUUCAAGAAGCCUAGAGUCACAAAUAUUCUGCAUUUCAGGGAUACUCACAGUAGCACAGUGUGUAGCAGGAAGAUGUCAGAGCUACUUAUCCUGGCCAAUGGAAAGCAGAUGUCUGUCAGUGGUGGAGUGAAUGGUUCUCAUAUCCUCAUGGGAAAGUGACAGUCAUGCCAUUCUCUGCAUAAUGUUAAAAGGUUUACGUUAACAGAGGAGAAAAUGAAAGUUCCCGCUUUUUGGCAGAGGUCUAGACAGACACACUUCAGGAAAUUAAAAAAAAAAAGAAAAAGAAUAUUUGUAAAUGCAUCAAAUAUAAAUUUAGAUUUAUGUCAGUGUUUCUUCAGAUGUGUGAAAUCAAGUUCUGUAAAUCUAAAAUGUACAAGUUGGAAAAAAAUACCAAAAAAAAAGGUAGCUACCAUCUGCCUAUUAAUUCAGAAAACUUAGAUUAUGUGCUUCUGUCCAAAAAUCUCUGGUAAUAAAAGGCUCAGUGUGGUAUGACUUGA